UGCUAAUCAGCAUCUGAAAGGCAGCUUUGACAGUGAGAAAGAAAAGUGAGGGCAGUGGGGAGGAGGGAGUGUGAACGAGAGAGGGGGGGGGGCUACAAGCAUUUCUUUUAUAUUGACUGGUGAUUGAGGAGAGAGAGAGAGAGAGAGAGGGGGAGCGGGUGAAGAGACGACUGGUGUGUGCAGCUUUCCCAAGAGGAAAUUAAAAGAAAAGAAGCUCAACGAGGAACGAGAGAGAGAGCCAAAGUGGGGAGCACGCCAGAGAAGGAAACAGACUCGCAUCCUCUCACUCCAGUCAUAUCAGAGGCGAUCCCGCUUGGGAAGUGAGGGAGGAGAGAGAGUGAGAGCGUGGUCAGAAGUCCACAAACACACACACACACACACACUCUUGUGGCAGCAGACCGCUGUGUAUUCGACUGCUCUUUUGUGCCGGCAGCUGGGAUUGUUCUUGGCCCCGUCUGACCCCCUUGUCACACCUCGUGAGUGUGUGUGGGAGCACGAGGGUCCUAGAAUGUAGAGUUAGCGGAGGGGAGGGUCACCGGUUCGGGUAUCCGGACGGGUCCGAGGCAUCUGAGGAAGAGGAGGAGGGAAACAUCUGCCCCCGAAACAGCUGGGAGGACAUGCACAUCAGCUCUUCUGUUGGGGGUCUCGGACUGACAUAGCCUCGGCCAAUCACAGCCUGAGUUAGAGGUGGCGGCCCAUAGGGGGCGUGAUGGCGGCCAUGCCGUUCGUCAGCGAGGGAAAGUGUGUGAGCGUGGAGUGGGACUUCCUACAGGGGCUCCUCGCCAAACCACCCACCUUACCCUGCUUGCAGAACAUGAGGAAGGAGAAGUCGCGCAAUGCAGCUCGUUCUCGGCGGGGUAAGGAGAACUUUGAGUUCUUUGAGCUGGCCAAGAUGCUUCCGCUCCCCGGGGCAAUUACCAGCCAGCUGGACAAGGCCUCCAUCAUCCGCCUCACCAUCAGUUACCUGCACAUGAGACACUUUGCCAGCCAGGGAGACCCACCCUGGAGCCCUCUACUGGAGGGGGAGAACAACUGCAACAAGAUGCGAAGAACAAGUCAUUCGCUGGUUAAUGACAUAUUUGAACAGCACCUGGGAGCUCAUCUACUACAGUCUCUAGAUGGCUUUGUGUUUGUGGUCAGUCAGGAAGGCCGAUUUCUGUAUAUCUCAGAGACUGUGUCCAUCUACCUUGGCCUUUCACAGGUUGAGUUGACUGGCAGUAGCGUGUUCGAUUACAUCCACCCUGCGGAUCAUGUUGAGAUGGCGGAGCGUCUUGGCAUUAGGCCACACCUCCGGGCAGAGGCAGGAUGUCAAACGUCCCAUGAGAGCGUUUCAAGCUCCGCCUCCACAUCCUCACUGGCCGGCACUCCAGAACCAGCACUAUCUAGUCCCCGUUCUUCAGUCAGUGAGUUUUCAGAACGUGGUUUCUUUAUCAGGAUGAAAUCCACCCUUACCAAGCGUGGCCUCCACAUUAAAUCCUCGGGCUAUAAAGUAAUUCAUGUGACAGGUCGGAUUCGGUGUCGGCCAGCUCUGGUGCCAGGUUCCUCCCGCGGCUUGCAUCGACCAAUGGGAUUGGUCGCUCUGGCUCACACACUUCCACCUUCCACACUCAAUGAGGUGCGCAUGGAAAGUCAAAUGUUUGUCUUCAGAGUCAACAUGGACCUGCAGGUCACCUACUGUGAGAACAGGAUUUCAGAGUAUAUGGACCUUAGCCCAGCUGAGGUGGUUGGACGUACCUGCUACCACUUCAUCCAUGCAGAAGACUUGGACACCAUCAGGCAGAGCCAUGAAGACUUGCUGCGGAAAGGGCAGGUUGUGACCGGGUACUAUCGAUGGCUGCAGAGGAGAGGAGGCUAUCUGUGGAUUCAGUCCUGUGCCACCGUGUCCAUUAACCACAAAGCGCCCCAUGAGCGUAACAUCAUCUGGGUCAACUAUGUGCUCAGUCGCCCAGAGCUGGCAGACAUGCCUCUGGACUUAUUACAACUCCCAGAGAGCCUAAGGGCAGAGCGGCUUCAAACAAGCUCCUCCCCACACAAGACCUCUCCAAAGGCACAAGGCUCAACAGGAACACAGCCAUUGAAAGGCAGGACCGAGACAAACCUCAAGGGGAAGGAAACCUUCUCACACACUGCUGCCAGCCAAUCAGAGAACACCAGGAAGAGAUCACACCAGUCUGAUGCUGAAAGCGGUCCUCCUGAGGCGAGGAGACAGAUGGAGGUAUUCCGGCAGAGAGAGGAAAGCCCAUGUACCUCCUCAGACCAAGCCAGUGACAGCGAUGUGGAAGAGGAUGAUGAGAGGGAGAACGAGUGGAACCACAACCACACUAGCAAACAGGUGAAGAGAGAAGAGAGGCCAUUGAAACAAGGCAAUGGGGCCAAUGGAGCAAGUAAAAUCCACAAUGGCCGCGCAGUGAUCCAGCAUCUUAAAAGUGUGGUGACCGGAUCAGGGUCGAAUAUUAAGACUGAACAAGAAGUGAUGGGAACAAGUGUAGGCCCGGGUUCUGGGAGGCACUGGAGCCAAGCUCAGCCCAGCAGUGGAAGAACCAAUGGCAGCAGUCCAACUUCCCAUCCUCAAAAUUCCACCCCGACAGAAGCUUCAUCCAAGGGUCUGUUCAACCCCCCCUCCCCGACCCUGUCGACAACCAUCCCUGCCUCAUCCCUGCCCAGAGAUGAUCGGUCUAUCCAUGGAGGGCGCGCUCCGGACUUUGAACUACUGCAGAGACUCACUGCAAGUGGGACUGCAGGACAUGUUCUAUUUCAUCCCCUGGCUAUUGGCCCACAGGGGCCCCAGAGUCUCUAUGCUCCCAGCACUAUACGCUACGCCCCACCUGAAAUGCCAACAGCUCAUGCUGAAGGGCACCGCUCAGACCAUGUGGCCAAAACUGCUUUCUUUCCCCACUUGCAAAGGAUUGCAUCUCUGCCUUCCUUUAAUGGUUUUUCUCCAGCUGAACCCAUUUUUCCUCCACCUCUGCCCUUUUGUAUGAACGGACUGAGGGGGGCAACGGGUACAGAUGAGGAUUGAGGGACAAAGACAAAGUGAAUGAUAGGUGGAAGAGGUUGUAAAGGACAGGGCACAACAUAGAGAGGAACUGCAGAAGAAUUUGAGGUUUUUCAAACAGUCUUCCUAGCAUCCUCUCCAGACUUUUCACAGUUAAUUUGUUAGUGUGUCUUCCUCUCUCUGGACAAGCAGUCAAAGCCAUAAUUAACAUAUGAAAGAUAUCAUGCAAUGUACAUAAAGGGGACAAAUUUGAGGCCUAAACCACUGGAAAUACAGGGCCAUCAUCUGAAAUGAGAGCCAAGGACGUUGUCCUGGAUCCUUUGAUAAGGGUUGCAUACAAAUGUCAUCUUUGACUCCUAGGGAGAUGGGCCCACCUAUACAUUUUUUUCCUCAUGAAUUUAAGAAACCACACAGGAAUAUGCAAGUAUGGACAACAGCAGAAUGGCCAAAUAAGACAUUUCCAAGGAAACAAUACAUAAAGCACAGUCCAGAGGUCCCUGACUGACAGAGGGGUCUAACUGAAAAUAAAAAUUAGAACUUUUGAACAGUGUAGUAUUUUCAUUUUUGUAUUAAAAAAGAAUUGUCUUUAAACAUCUAAAAAAAUAAUUCAGGGUCAUAGCCAUAUAUAGAUAACACUGAGUUGAGAGACUCCAUACAUGCAAAUGCUACAGAAUAUUUGUUUUUUCACAAGUCAUGAGCAAAUAUCAUGGACUAAUCUUCCUAAAAGACAUUUGGGGUGUUUUGGGGGAUGGUGGAGAGGGUGGUGGUGGUUAAGUGUGUAAAAUUUGUCAUGUAUCAUGUCCAAGCACUUAUAGUGUAUUGCUGCAUAAACGUAGCACUGCAUCCAUGGCCAGACAUUCUAAUUCUCCUACUGUAAAAACCUAAAUAAUUCGGUUUACAGUAGUAGUGCAAGAAAUGUGCAGAUGAUUCAGAAAACUAUAGUGUGGAGAACAUGGUCUGUUAUAUAAAUGUGUAAUGUUUUAUUUUUAAAUAAAAUAUCCACUGGACGAAUAUCACAAACUUUGUCAUAAACAUGUCCAGGUCAAAUUUCACUACAAAAUCCAAAGAAAUGUAUUAUAUUUUGCCUGUGUUAUUAUAUUACUGAAAUGUGUACACACAUGUGAAAUGUGAAUAUUACACACACACACACACACACACACACACAUACACACAAACAAAUUGUAUUACAAAAAAAAAAAAAAACCCACAACAACAAUAAAAUAAAGAACACAUUAUUUGUUGAGAAUUUGAGGGAAAAUGUAUCCAAAUUUCACUAAAAUAAUACCACUGCACAAAGUCUUAAUGGUCCAAUACCCUUUUCUGUUUUUGGAUUUUGAGGUAAAAUAUUAUCUGUGACACUGUGAGAUUCAUCCCACUAUGUAAAGCUGAGGCACUCUGUACCAAAACCUAGCGAGCUGCAUAGCAUUGUUAGGCAAAUUAAAUGCUCCUGAUGUAAGACAGACAUUGCAGCAAUGUUUGUGUAUAUAAUAUAUUCUUUGUGCUCAAAGAAUUGUUGGCUUAGAAACACGCUAACAUCAAACUAUUGCUGUAAAAGUUUUCUUUUGUGUACUUUUUGUCUGUUGAUAUACAAAGUGAGGCAGCUCACUAGACUUUGGAGUCAGGGUGUAGAACAAUAAGGUCUAUGUAGUUUAAAUUUGUAAAAAUUUAUGAAACCAUAUGGGUAACGUUUAUAAAGGAUAAAAAGAUGACAAAAAUUCAAUCCCUUUUAGGUUGUAGUCACUAAAAUAGUUUAUGAAAUAAAAUAUGGAAAUCGUAAGUGGACCACAACAACUAUAUUAAGUUCUAGUAACUGAUGAAAUCACACUGAAGAUAACAGAAUCAAGCA